GAGAAUGUUGUUAUAUUGUUGUGUUUGCUGCUGAGUGAGGGACUCUUGGUCCUGCUUAGGAGCCACCCUACCCUUCCCUCUCCCUCCUUAUAUCUCUCUCUCUCACCAAUUCUAUCACCCAACCAAAUUCCAAAACCCCAAAAUUACACAAAUCCCAAUUUCAAAGGAAACUGUAACAUAACAACUCACACCCCCCCAUAAAAAACACACACUCUGACUCUACCCUCUGUUCUUGUUCUGUUCUCUCUGUUUUGUUUUCAACCAUGGACUUUUGGACUUCUUCUCUCCCUCUUGAUGAUGAAUUUGAAAAGCUUGUAAUUCGAAUGAAUCCUCCAAGAGUUACUGUGGAUAAUACUUCAAGCAGAACAACCACUUUGAUAAAGGUUGAUAGUGCAAAUAAACGUGGUAGUUUGUUGGAAGUUGUUCAAGUUCUUACUGAUAUGAAUCUCAUUGUUAGAAGAGCUUAUAUUUCAUCUGAUGGUGGAUGGUUUAUGGAUGUUUUUCAUGUUACUGAUCAAAAUGGGAAAAAGUGUCUUCAAGAAGAUGUUGCUGAUAGAAUUCAACAGUCGCUGGGACCAAGAGUCCGUAGUUUCCGAUCAGUGAGAAGGUCGGUUGGAGUUCAAGCUGCAUUAGAACAUACAACAAUCGAGUUAACAGGACGUGAUAGACCAGGACUGCUUUCAGAAGUUUUUGCUAUUCUUGCUGACCUCAAAUGCAAUGUGGUAGCGGCUGAAGUCUGGACACACAAUUCAAGAAUGGCGUCGGUCGUUUACAUCACCGAUGACGAAACAGGAUUGCCGAUCGACAAUCCAGACCGUCUUGCCAAGAUUAAGCAUCUUCUGCUUUAUGUGCUGAGAGGAGACAUUGACAAGAAGAAUGCCAACACCGCGGUUUCGUUUUGUUCGACUCAUAAGGAAAGGAGGCUGCAUCAGUUGAUGUAUGCUGAUCGCGAUUAUGAUAUUUCUGAUGGAGAUUAUUCUUGCUCAACAACUGACAGAAAUAAGCUCAAUGUAACUGUUGAUGAUUGCACUGAUAAGGGAUAUACUGUUGUGAACUUGAGGUGUCCGGAUCGACCGAAGUUACUAUUCGAUACUGUUUGCACACUAACUGACAUGCAGUAUGUUGUGUACCAUGGAACUGUCAUUGCUGAAGGACCAGAAGCAUAUCAGGAAUAUUACAUUAGGCAUGUGGAUGGAUAUCCUAUCAGUUCUGAAGCAGAAAGGCAAAGAGUGAUUCAUUGCUUGGAGGCUGCUGUUCGGAGGCGAACUUCUGAGGGAAUAAAGCUUGAACUUAGUGGAGAAGACAGAUUUGGCCUUUUGUCCGAUGUAACUCGCAUCUUUAGAGAAAACGGCCUUUCAGUCUGCCGCGCUGAGGUCACAACAAGAGGUUCCCAAGCCAUGAAUGUUUUCUAUGUGACUGAUGUGUCUGGAAAUCCGGUUAAGAGUGAAACAAUUGAGGCGGUUCGAAAAGAGAUCGGGUUGACUAUACUGCGUGUAAAAGACGAACCAUGCUCGAAAUCUCCGUCCAGGGAAAGUGGAAAAUUCUCUUUACGUGAUCUCGUUCGAUCGAGGUCCGAGAGGUUUCUUUACAAUUUAGGUUUAAUGAAGUCUUCUUCUUGAAGUAUUCAUAAUGCUUUGAUUGUGAAUAGUAGCAUUUAGUUUCAAACUAGAAUCAGUCUACUGCUUUGAAACCUCACUGCAGUGUUUUAUGGUUUGAUCUUUCUAGAUUUGGUUUCAUUUUCAGUUGGAUUCACUCAUUCAGAUGUUAGAUUGUAGAGUUUUAUCUAGACAUGUUUCACAUGAAAUAUGAAACAUGGGAUUCUGAAUGAAAAGAAAAAUAAUAAUAAUAAUUGCAAUUUUGCAAA